CUCUGCGCCGAGCUGAGCGGUUCAGCCCGGGGAGCAGCUGGCUCUCCCGGCUGUCCCCCAGUGAUGGCAGGGCGGGAGACAACUGUUGGACUCGCUCGCCAUUUCUCCUCCGUUCCUACCAGCGGCUGGUGCUUGUGGGACAUGGCGAUGGGAGAGGAUGCUGAGGACUUGCGAUCCCCGUAGGGACCAUCCGGGUAUGCGGCGGCAGGCGGACAAGCCCGCGGCAGCGUGCUGGGGCAGCAAGGUGGUGGGCUUCGCCAACAGCAUGCUGCUGCUGAGCCGCUCCGCUCUCCAUCUCCCAGCCUUGUGGUGGUACCUCUUCCUCUCCGCCGAUGCCCAGGAGGUGGCCACGUUCACGGUGCAGUACCGGGUGUUCGAAGAAGUGCCGCAGGGAACGGUGAUAGGGAUGUUGGCCGAGCACUUCGAGGGGGGUGAGAGUGGCGAAACAGCGGACACCUUCCAGCUGAUGGAGACCCCCGGGAGGUUCCCGCUGCAUGUGGGGAGUGGGGAUGGGGUGCUCAGCACCGCCGGGCGGGUGGACAGGGAGCAGCUGUGCCGGCACAGCGAUCCCUGCUGGGUCUCGUUCGACGUGCUGGCUGCCCGAAACCUGGCUCUGAUUCACGUGGAGGUUCAAGUGCUGGAUGUCAAUGACAACGCGCCGCGGUUUCCCACACCGGAGCUGGAGCUGGAGAUGUCAGAGAGUGCAUCCCUGCGGACACGGAUCCCGCUGGAUCGAGCCCUGGAUGCUGAUGCCGGCCCCAAUGCCCACUGCUCCUACGCCCUCUCCCCUAGCGAGCACUUUGCUCUGGAGGUUGUCUCCAGCUCCGAUGGGACCAGGCAUGCGGAGCUCAUCGUGGUUAAAGAAGUGGACCGGGAGCUGCAUUCUUCCUUCGACCUUGUGCUGACAGCCACUGAUCAUGGGGAGCCACCAAAGUCAGGUACUGCUUUAAUUAAAGUAAUCGUCCUUGACUCCAAUGAUAACAGCCCCAUCUUUGCAGAGAGCUCUUUGAUGGUAGAGAUUCGGGAGGAUGCUCUGCCUGGGACCCUCCUUGUGACAGUCACGGCCACUGACCCUGACCAGGGCCGCAAUGGGGAGAUCGAGUACAGCCUGAGCAAACAUGCGCCCCCAGAGGUGCUGAGCGCUUUUGACAUUGAUGCCCGCACAGGCAGCAUCAUCCUGAAGCACCCGCUGGACUAUGAGGAAACCCACGCCUACGAGCUGGAUGUGCAAGCCCGGGACCUGGGUGCCAACCCCAUCCCAGCGCACUGCAAGAUCCUGGUCAAAGUCCUGGAUGUCAAUGACAAUGCUCCUGAUGUCCACGUCACCUGGGCCGCACGGGUGCCCGUGCUCUCUGAAGCCCUCCCCAAAGACAGCUUUGUGGCUCUGGUGACGGCCAGCGACCCUGAUUCGGGAAGCAACGGGCAAGUGCUUUGCUCCCUCAGUCAAGGGUAUGAGCACUUCAGGCUGAAGAGGACCAACAGCCACAGCUACGUGCUGAUGACUAACGCCACGCUGGACAGGGAGCUGCGUGCCGAGUACAACCUGACACUGGUGGUGCGGGACCAGGGUGACCUCUCCUUGUCUGUGUUGAAGCACCUCACUAUCUGCAUCAGUGACGUCAAUGACAAUGCCCCCUCCUUCGAGAAGGCCACCUACGAGGCUGCCGUUGCUGAGAACAGCAAAGCACCUGCCUUCUUGCUCACCAUCCGUGCCAGCGAUCCUGACCUAGGUUUCAACGGGAAAAUCACCUACAGCAUCCUGGACUCCUCUGCUUCAGGUCUGGUCUCGAUUGACCCCAUGACUGGGGAUGUUUUUGCCCUGCAAGUUUUUGAUUAUGAGCAGGUGAGGAGCCUGGAGUUCCUGGUGACAGCAGAGGACAGUGGUCACCCCAAGCUGGCGUCCAAUGUCUCCGUCAGGCUGUCUGUGCUCGACCAGAAUGACAAUGCCCCUGUCAUCAUUGCGCCGGCGCUGGCGGGAGGCAUGGCCACGCUCUCCAUCCUGGUCAAUGCAGACACGGGGUGCUUCUGGGUGGCCCCUGGGAAUGGGAGCGCCCAAGGGACUGCAGUGGUAACCAAUGCAACCCUCGUGUCAUGCACCAGUGCUCCCCUCCUCUUCACCAUCACAGCGAGGGAUGUGGACUCUGGCAUCAACGGGGCUCUUCGGUAUGAUUUGGUGGGUGGGGAUGAUGCUGGGCUUUUCAUCCUGGACCCUCUCUUGGGGCAGAUCUUCCUCAACACCAGCAAUGCCAGCAGCCUCGCUGGCAGCGAGUGGGAGCUGGUGGUCCAGGUGAGCGAUGGGGGGGACAUUCCCCUGCAUACCCUGGCCCGGAUCCGCUUAGUUUUCCGGCAUCACGGGGCAUUCUCCAAAAUCUCAGCCCAGAAUCCCGGGUGGCUGAGCCCCUCUGUGGUGGCUGUUAUCUGCCUGGCUGCUCUCCUGGGUGGGUGCCUUCUCCUUUUGGCUUUAACCCUGUCUUUGCAUAAGAAGGAGAGGAAGGAUGGCAUGGCCUACAACUGCAGGGAGGCAGAGGAUGCUCGCAGGCAGCAGCAGCUCAAGAAGCCGCACAGGCAGAUCCAGAAGACGGAUAUCCACCUCGUCCCGCUGCUCCGGGGCCGGCCCCGGGAGGCUGAGCCCCCCCGGCCCUGCCAGGAGGAUCUUCCUGGCACAGCCACCCCCAUGCCAGGGGGUUCCCUGCAGGCUCCCCUCCACCUCACCCCUACUCUCUACAGGACCCUGAGAAAUCAGAGGACCCAAAAAGACUCAGAUGAGCAGCAGGAGACUUUGAAUCUGCCCAUCCUCCAGCGCCGGCCCUGCCAGCCCCACAGACUGAAAAAUUUGGCCAAAGAGGCUGUGAGCCCCCCGGAUGCACCACCGCACUGCAAGAGCUUGGUGAAGCCAUCACAGGGGCCCGUGGGAGAACCCCCCCUGCUACCCAACCAGCCCGUGGGUGCUGGCAGACCUGGGCAGCCCCAACCCCACCAGCACAUCCUCAGGAGCCUGGUCCGGCUAUCGCUGGUGGCGCUGGCAGAGCAGAGCCCCACCGGAGAGUUUGCGAUGGAGUCACCCCCGGUGCAGCAAAUGUCCCAGCUGCUCUCCCUGCUGCACCAGGGCCAGUUCCAGCCCAAAACAAACCACAGGGGAAACAAGUACACGGCCAAGAACGGCAGCAGGGCUGCGGGGCUGGAUGCUGACUGCCUGAGCACAAAGGACAGUGGGCACGGCGAGAGUGAGGCAGAGGAUCGCGAUUCGGAGAGCGGCUUCGAGCUCUCUGUGCAGCAGCUGGUGGGAGAGGAGCUGGAGACCCUCCUGGAGCCGCAGGCAGAGCUGGCUCUCAAGAGGCUGACGGCUGCUGACCCAGCAUGGGUGGCUCGGCUCUCCCUGCCACUCACCAGUAGUUACAAGGAUAACAUCUUCUCCCCUGACUCCCCGCAUUCACCUCAGGAUGAGGAAGCUGCAAAGCAGGAGAAACCAAGGACCUUUGAGACCUUCGGCAAAGGUGCUGGGGCUGACUUGAAUGCUGCUGGGACAAGACUGGCCAGCACUUUCCUUUCUGAAAUGAGCACCCUCUUUGAAAUGAUUUUGUCCCAGAAGGUCCAAGUCCACAAUGAAACAGGCUCGGGGCUUCUGCGGCAGCUGUCGGCACACGGGAAGAGCCUUGGACUGGAAGACAGUGCUCCUGUUCUGUAGGCAGCUUGGCGGCUGUGAUAAGGAGAUAAGAGUCAGACAGAGCUUCUUUCUGCAUUUCAGGUGCACGCGUGCUUUAACAGGGUCAUCCAUCUCUAGACUGAUCACGACAGGUGUAUUUCUUCCUUUGCCUCACCCCAUCAAACUUCUCCAUGACUGAUUUCACCUUGUUUAGUUCCCUUCUACCUGCCUGUUCUUGCCUUACUAGCUUUCCUCCUCUUCCACCCUCAUUUUUCACCAUAUCAUCACAUCAAGUCACACAACAGCAGGAGGGCCCUUUCCUCCCAGGGCAGGCUGAUUGGGGUGGGGGGGUUGUGGGAUUAACCAUAACAGUCAACUAAAUCCACCUGAUCACAGAUUGUGCACCACGGACAGUAAAAUAUCACAGUCAUGGACUUUGCAAUAUGCUGCAGAGUUGGGCUCCAGGAUCUCAGUUCUUAUUUAAAUAAAAUUGUUUUUUUUUAACACUACCACCUCUGGACCAAGGUGCAGUAUAGCUGACAUGAUGAUAUAUCUGCAGAAAGCCUAAAAUGGCAACUCAGAAAGAGGAGAUCUGCCUGUUGUCUUCCACUGAUCUUUUCACCUUUUGUGGUUCUGCCACUGUGAACGUGGUAUUUUGUAAAACACCCCAAAAUCAGCACUGGCAUCUCUAAUAUGGCUGCACUAGGUGCCCACAGUUUCUUUCUCCAUGCUCUUGAGGCCACUGGAUUCUGAAAGCCUAAGCCUUGCCCAGAAGUAGACAACAGAUGGCUGGAGUCUGCCAAAGUAACCUGGGAAAAGGGAAGCGUGAAAUCACUGUUUAGAAAUAUUCAGUCACAAGCUUCAAGCAUAUUAGGGCCUUUCAACUUCGAUCUGUAUGUAUGUGAACUGUAAGACAGUUUUAGGAUAAUAGCAUGUGUAAGAAAACUCAAAUGUGGAUAUUAGUAACAAAGAAAGAAGCACACAGGUGGUGUUAACCACGGGGAUUUGCACUCACAGAGAAUGGAAAGACAACAAUGGCAUAAGCAUCUGGAGUGCACCUGUAGGCUUGCGCAACGGUGCAUGGAUGGUAGGUAAGGGCUUCUGGAUUGUGCACGUACAGGACUCACCUAGUACCAUAGUUUGUGCCUUCCAACUAUGAUACAAAACGCCAGAACAAAUGUGGGGCAUGUUGGCAAAGUGGCUGUACAGGUGAGAGGAGAGUCAGGCUAUGGGAAUGCUGGUGAGCCACCCCCUGCUGCCAGCAGCACACAGUGCUUGCUGAGUGACUACGGCAACGAGGCCUCCCCUCUGCCACACUGCAGGCCAGCAGCAUACACACUGCUUGCUUUCCUUCACCACUUUACAUUAAAAGUACUCCACAGAUACCACAGUUCACAACAUAUCUUUCUCCACAGGUAAUUUGCUUAUGGCGGGGCUGUCGCACCAGGUGUCUUUGGGUGAUAUUUUGGCUUUCAUUGUACUGUUAAGUUGAAGAAGAACAGGCAGCCUGACCCAGCAGACAUGAUCCUGGAGUGUCUCCACUGUCCAACCCAUGUUCCUUUUCCAUGCACCUAGAGGUGACAGUGCCCUGUUUGUAGUGUGUACACACACAAGCCACAGCAGCAGACAAUCAUAGAGAUAAUUUAAAAUUAAGUUAAUGAGAAAGUUACCCCUUUCUAUUGCUCUCAGGACCAAAUGACAAAAGCAACAGAGUAAGAUUUCCCCAGGUAAACUCUUUAAUACCAAAAAUAUCCAUUGUUGUAUUUGGAGUCUCUGAAGUGCUUUACAGAUGACCCCAUCUCUGACAAUAAACUACACUGAUGGGUUGGCCCCAGCCUGCUUAUACUGCUGUGCUGCUAAUAGAAGUACCUUGCUGUUUUGUUUCACAAACAGGCUCUUGCACUAAAACAAUGCCAGUGAGCCAAAUUCUGAGAUGCAGCUGGGCAAACCACGAGGGAGGUGUAUCUGUGAGUGUGAGGAGGCACAGGCCUAAGGGGUUCCUCUGCAUCCUGGGACAGAGGAACAAACACAGGGACACACAGAGGACAAACACACGGCACAACCUCACAUACUCCUCUGCAAAGUUACUUUGAUGUGCCUGUCAAGGGACAAUUUUCACAGAAAACUACAUUAUAAUAAGCAGAUUAAAAAGGAGACAAAUUCCUCUCUCUUGGUUCAAUUUCCUGAUCCUGCAAAGUGCUUUCAACCCCCAAGCCUUACCCCCAUCCUGUCCUGACCAAUGUGUAAGCAUGUUGUGGAUUAUCACAGAAUAGGAAAUCCACCCGAGGAAUUUCCUGCUAAUUGUAUCCUGCUUGAUAAAGGAAAUGGUCUAAGAAAGUUUGGUCUGAGCAGAAAGAGAGACCAGACUAGAAGAACAAUCAGAUGUGUUGAGCUCUGGCUGUGCCCUUCCCUUGGUUAAUGGAGACCAUGGCAAGUUCAGGAUGGGGCCAUUGCCUUUGUUUUUCAGAGCUCGAUCUACACAAAGCACCCCAUGGUUACAGGAAGCUGGACAGUUUGUACAGAUGCCCUUGAACCAGUUUAAACUGGUGUGGACAAAUGUCUUUUUCCAGAUUCAGCUGCCCCAGUGGAAGAAAUUAUCAUACCAGCUGCUUGCCGCUGUCUGCCUGACAGUGGUUACUGCCCGCUGGGAGCAUCCCUUAGCCACUUCAGUGAAAAUGAGCUGGCGUGCUUAGCAAACAUGUACAACAUAAAUUUUGAAGCAAACCUUGCUCAUUGUGACUCAAAGGGGUGUACCCGUGGGAGCAGCUCACUGCCAGAGCUGAAGGAAUAAUAACUGGGGACCGAAGGACACUGACAAUGGUGCAGGAUGGCUGAGGACAGCCAUUACUUUCACUGGUUCAGGUGGAUCCAUAAGCCAUAUCCCACAAACAUCUGUGCCAUAAUAAUCAGAAUUCACUCUUGCUUGCACAGGUUUGAAAGCAGAUUAAACUGCCACACUGGCAACGUAGAGAGAAGCCCAGAUUGUGCUGGUAGCAGAAUCACCGUGGGAACAGCUAGCCUUGAAGUGAUAUCAAAUUGCCUCAGAGGGUGCAGGCCAGGCCCAUCAGGGAGUUAGCUGCCAAUAUCACCAUACGAUGGCUUGUAAACCUCACUGGGGGACCAUGUGCAAGAUGCUCAGGGCUACUGGAAUUAUAGCCCCAAAUCAUACCACUGUGGCAUGGUGGAAGGCUACACGUAGCUCUGUAUGGAAAUGUAGGAGCAUAAGGAAGGUCCUUGUAUGGGAAGGCAGAGGGCCAGAUGACAUGGUGGCACAGGAGAUGCUACAAGGUUUAUUCUCAAAACACCAAUAUUUAAAAAUGGCUCCUGUUCCAUUAACAGAAAGCUUUCUCUUCCCAUUCACUGCUAGCCUGCUUCCAGCUCCACACAGACUAAGAAAGGCUGCCUUGCCUUCCACCUGCUUACAU